CCGUACCCGCCCCAUUUCCCCAUAUCUCUCGUAACCAUUUUAUUCUUCUACCCUUCCUUUUUUUUCUUCUCAUGGCGUCCUUCAUAUCUCUCACUCGGUCUAUCCAUUUCCAACCCGUCUGUCUCAUAAAACCCCCCUCUCUCAGACCUCGUUUCCCAUUUUACCCUCGUCUUCCUCUCAAAUCCCGUCCCUGUCCCCUCUGGUCUUCCUCCUUCUCCCUCUGCCUUCUCCGCACUCGCAACCCGAUCAACCGAACUCACCUCGCUCCCUCGCGUCCCUCCGUCCGAUCCUUCUGCGCCUCGCCUUUAUCCGACGUCGCGGAAAUGGCGGAGAUCGACACCAAUCCUCUGCUCAACGACUUCGACUUCCCGCCGUUCGAUUCGAUCCAGGCCGAACACGUCCGUCCUGGAAUCCGUGCGCUGCUCAAGCAAUCGGAAUCUGAUCUGGCGGAACUGGAGAGGACGGUGGAACCGACGUGGCCCAAGUUAGUGGAGCCGCUGGAGAGGUUAAUCGACCGUAUGGCUGUGGUUUGGGGCGCUGUUUCGCAUCUCAAGGCCGUCAAAGAUAACGCCGAUCUCCGUUCCGCCAUAGAAGAAGUCCAGCCGGAAAAAGUGGCAUUUGAGCUUAAGUUAGGUCAGAGCAAGCCUAUCUACAAUGCCUUCAAAGCUAUUAGAGAAUCUCCUGAUUGGGAGAAGCUCAGUGACGCUCGCAAACGGAUAGUUGAAGCACAAAUAAAGGAGGCUGUGUUGAAUGGUGUUGCACUUGAAGAUGAUAAAAGGGAGGAGUUCAACAAGAUUGAACAGGAAUUGGCUAAACUCUCACAAAAGUUUGGGGAGAAUGUUUUGGAUUCGACAAAGAAAUUUGAAAAAUUAAUAACAGAUAAGAAAGAUAUCGAAGGUUUGCCAGCUACUGCUCUCGGACUGGGUGCACAAACAGCAGUGACUAAGGGACAUGAAAAUGCCACUACAGAGAAUGGGCCUUGGAUAAUUACUUUGGAUGCUCCUAGUUUUAUGGCUGUUAUGCAGCAUGCUAAGAAUAGAACCUUACGUGAGGAAGUCUAUCGUGCCUAUAUAAGUCGUGCUUCUAGUGGUGAUCUGGAUAACACAGCAAUCAUUGACCAGAUUUUGAAGCUUAGAUUGGAGAAGGCUAAGCUUCUUGGAUAUAAUAACUACGCAGAGGUAAGUAUGGCCAGCAAGAUGGCAACUGUUAAUAAGGCAGAAGAACUCCUUGAAAAACUUCGAUCUGCAUCCUGGAAUUCUGCAGUUCAAGAUAUGGAAGACCUCAAAGCUUUCUCAAAGAGUCAAGGUGCUCCAGAAGCUGACGACUUAAAUCAUUGGGAUACUAGCUUUUGGAGUGAGAGACUUCGUGAAUCGAAGUACGAAAUAAAUGAGGAAGAGUUGAGACCUUACUUUUCUUUGCCAAAAGUUAUGGAUGGUCUUUUCAGUCUGGCAAACAAGUUGUUUGGGAUCACUGUUGAGCCUGCAGACGGUUUAGCUCCAGUUUGGAUAAAUGAUGUUCGUUUUUAUCGUGUCAAAGCUUCUUCAGGUAACCCUAUUGCAUACUUCUAUUUUGAUCCAUAUUCUCGCCCUUCUGAGAAACGAGGAGGAGCAUGGAUGGAUGAAGUAGUUAGCCGAAGUCGUGUCAUGUCGCGAGAUGGCUCCUCUCCUAGGUUGCCUGUUGCCCACAUGGUGUGCAACCAAAUGCCACCUGUAGGGGACAAGCCAAGCCUUAUGACAUUCCGUGAGGUUGAGACCGUAUUCCAUGAAUUUGGCCAUGCACUUCAGCAUAUGCUGACAAAGCAAGAUGAGGGUUUGGUUGCUGGUAUAAGGAAUGUAGAGUGGGAUGCCGUAGAACUGCCUUCCCAAUUCAUGGAAAAUUGGUGCUACCAUAGAGAUACCUUGAUGAGUAUCGGCAAGCAUUAUGAAACUGGUGAAAGCAUUCCAGAUGCCAUAUACAAAAAGCUUCUUGCUGCUAGGACUUUCCGUGCUGGUUCUUUAAGUCUUAGACAACUGCGAUUUGCCACUCUUGAUCUAGAGUUGCACACGAAGUAUGUCCCAGGUGGUUCGGAGUCAAUCUUCCAUGUUGACAGAAGAGUUUCUGAAAAGACUCAAGUGCUUCCUCCACUUCCAGAGGAUAAGUUCCUUUGCAGUUUCAGUCAUAUAUUUGCUGGUGGAUAUGCCGCUGGAUACUACAGCUACAAGUGGGCUGAAGUUUUGUCAGCUGAUGCCUUUUCAGCAUUUGAAGAUGCCGGAUUGAAUGAUGAUAAGGCGGUGAAGGAAACAGGCAAUAGGUUCCGAGAAACAGUUCUUGCUCUCGGAGGCGGAAAAGCUCCUCUAGAGGUCUUUGUGGAAUUCCGUGGGCGUGAACCCUCUCCCGAAGCCUUACUAAGGCACAAUGGUCUGUUGCAAGUUGCUUGAGUUAGCUUGUAGCCAAAUUUUAGUACAUCCAAUAAGGGCUUUAGUUUUUUAUAGACA